AUGGCAAUGACUGUGGACAGAUUAGUCAUCAAACUCUUUCUAGGGCUGUUGAUUCAGCAAACUAUAUGCUAUGAACCGAAUUGGGACUCUCUGGACACUAGGCCACUACCCAGCUGGUACGACGAGGCCAAGCUAGGAAUCUUCAUCCACUGGGGCGUGUUCUCUGUGCCAAGUUUUUCUUCAGAAUGGUUCUGGUGGAGAUGGCAAGGAACGACAACUCCCGCUGUUGAAGACUUCAUGGCGAAAAACUACAAACCUGAUUUUACAUAUGCUGACUUUGCCACUGAGUUUACAGCCGAAUUUUUCGACGCUGUGGAAUGGGCAGAACUAUUUCAAAGUUCUGGGGCGAAAUAUACUGUAUUUGUCAGCAAACACCAUGAAGGUUUCACCAACUGGCCUUCUAAAUACUCGUUUAACUGGAAUUCACAAGACAUUGGUCCAAAUCGGGACAUUGUUGGUGAACUGAUGAAUGCCACAAGAGAACAUACAGAUCUGAGGUUUGGCUUGUACCACUCCCUGUUUGAAUGGUUUCACCCACUGUACCUUGCUGACAAGAAGUCUGCAUUUAAAACACAAGAUUUUGUUAAUCAAAAAACAUUACCCGAACUCUACGAGCUUGUCAACAAUUACAAGCCUGAAGUUGUCUGGUCUGAUGGUGACUGGGAAGCUCCUGAUACUUACUGGAAGUCGAAAGAAUUCUUGGCUUGGUUGUACACAGACAGCCCAGUUAAGGACACUGUGAUAGUCAAUGACAGAUGGGGCAUAAACAUUAGCUGCUAUCACGGUGAUGUAUACACUUGCGGAGACAGGUAUAAUCCAGGGGUUCUUCAGAAGCAUAAGUGGGUCAAUGCCAUGACUAUCGAUAAACACUCCUGGGGGUUCAGAAGGAACGCUGCCUUGUCUGACUACCUGACCAUUGAGGAGCUGUUGCAGACUUUCAUUAUUACUGUCAGCUGUGGAGGGAACAUGCUGAUGAAUGUUGGACCUCCCAGUCAUGGGCACAUCACUCCAAUUUAUGAGGAACGUCUCCGACAGCUGGGGUCGUGGCUAAAGGUCAAUGGUGAGGGCAUCUACAGUUCAAAGCCCUGGACUUAUCAAAAUGAUACUUUGACUAAAGAUGUUUGGUAUACGACUAAAUCUAGUUCGUCAGGCACUGAUGUUUACGCCUUCAUCUUUGACUGGCCAUCCACCUCAGUACUCUCCCUUGGACUACCAAAAACAUCUGCAGCUACGACUAUUUCCUUGCUGGGUUAUCAAGAACUCUUUAGCUACACCACCAGGCAACCUGCAGGAGUUGACAUUGUGGUUCCAGCCAUUCCAUUUAACAAACUGCCAUGUCUGUGGAUGUGGGUCUUGAAAAUCACAGCCGUUCAAAAUUAA